AAACUCAUAUAUUUGGAGAAAUCUUUCUUCUUCUUUUUUCCUCGUCUCAUAGUGUCUAUUAAAUAUGUUUUUUUCUUUAUGGUGGUUGUCUGUAUUGUAGUCUCUGCCAAUGCUCAACUACCCCAGUUUCCCAUCCUAUUUCCUUUUCCACUCCCAUUCCAACCAAGUCCCGGUAUUCCCGGAUUACCUGAUGUAGCAAAUUGUUGGUCUUCAGUGAUGGGUAUUCCAGGAUGCAUUAUAGAGAUUUACACAUCCAUACUCACAGGACAAUUCGGACAUGUAGGUCCUUCUUGUUGCAAAGCAUUUUUCGAAGCCGAAGCCAAUUGCUUACCUAAACUUCCAUUCAACCCACUUUUUCCUCUCAAAGAACAAUGUUUAAGAAUUGCUAAAGCAGCUCCUCCUACCACAAAAUAGAG